AUGGACAAUGGAAGCAUCAUGAUGUCAAGGUCAAGGACUCAAAAACACCUACUUUUUGGCGAGAAACAAGUCGUUGUUUUCGGAGUCAGGAACCCUGAUGAAAUCCCAUGGGGCGAAACCGGAGCCGAUUUCGUUGUGGAGACUACUGAAGUUUUCACUGAUAAGGAAAAGGUUGUUGCCCACUUGAAGGUUCAAGAACCAAACAUGCUGUCAAGAACCAAACAGCUAUUUUUAAAAUCACUAAAUGAUUCCCAGAUGAUCCUCUUCACAGGUUCAAGAACCAACACAUGUUGUAAAAAAUUGCUUCAGUUGACCAGAAUGACCUUCCGAGUUCCAACUGUGGAUGUUUCAGUGUUGGACCUCACUGCGAGCCUUGAGAAGGCAGCUACAUACCAACAAAUCAAAGAUGCUAUCAAGAAGAAAUUUGAGGGCAAACUCAAGGGUAUUUUGGGGUCCACCGAAGACGAUGUGGUCUCCACUGACUUCAUAGGGGACAGCAGUUAUAUGCCGUGA